AGAUUGUUAAAAUUGACUUGUUCAAAAUAACAUUGUUAAAAUUGAUGUAUCAUCUACCUUAGUUUCUUUGCGUUUCAGACCACCGAAAAACUACCUACGGUAUUUUUAAUAUCUUUGAUCAAUCCUAAUUUAUAUGCAUGUUCAUAGUUGGUUUCAGUACUAAAAUAUGAUUAUAUGUUUAAUCUUUAUUUUGAGAAUGUCUUAUAUGUGAAGCUAUUAAUCCUUAAAAAUCCAUGGAAUCUGAAUCUUUUAGCAAACAAUAUAUAUAUAUACACCAACGAGUUACAUAACUUGUUUAAUCGUCCUAAUCAAGAAAUGGAGGAUAUAUAUUUUUAUUGUCAAGAGAAAAGUAUUGUUCUUUAAUUGUAGUAAUCGAUUUAUUAAAGAGGAAAAGCUUAAAUAGAAUAAAUUAAAGGGCGUACUAGAAAGAGUAGAUAAUUAACAUUGCACACGUAAAGAAUUAACUUUAAAGAAUGAAUUACAAUACUAUUUAUAUAGAUAUAGAUGUUUGAAGGUCUCUGGCACCAAAUACACCAAGGGAAGCAAGCAUAUUUGCUGAGAAAGCUUGAAGCAGUUCAAACAAUUUUGGAUUGUCAAUCAAUUUCUUGAAUUUUCCUAGUAUUUAUAUGGAACUUAAACUUGAUAUUGAACCCUCAGAAGUCACUGAGAUCAUUCCUUGGGAAGUUGACAAUCAAGUUAAUUUGCUUAGUGAAGCAUAUCACUUGGUGUAUGGAGGUUCAACGAAUUUGUUGGGUUCCUCUAAUUUAUUAGAAAUUGAGACCCCUACGAAAAAUACAGUGUUACAUAUUGCAGCUUCGUAUGGUAAUAAUGACAUUGUGAAUCUUGUAAUUGAACAUUCUCCAAAACUUUUGUUCACAUUCAACAAAAACAAUGAUAGCCCCUUACAUGUUGCUGCAAGAGGUGGACACAUCUCAACCGUUAAAACACUAUUAGCAAGUUAUACUAAUAUUGAACGGCGUGAUAUAAAAAUGGCAUGGUUAGAAUACAGUACUAACAGUAGGAAUGAUUUAGAAGACUAUGAUGAGGUGUUAAAUAUGGAGGACCUAUUAUGUUUUGUGAACAAGGAGAAUGCUCAAGGAAACACUAUGUUACAUGAGGCAAUGUUACGUGGCAAGAGCAAUGGUGGGCAUGAGAUUUUCAAUGUUUGUGAACUUUACAAAACUGAAGACUGGUUAAAGAAUUCAUUGGCAAGUUGUUGUUAUGAAUUUGCGUUAGAAAUGGUUAAUUAUGCAAAGAAAUCAGUACUUUACCUUGCGGUUGAAAAUGGGGACGAGGAUGCAGUCAAACUAAUCUUAGAGAAUUGCCCUAAGAAUGAUGCUAAGCCGAAGGGAUUAUCGCCCAUUGUAGCAGCAAUCAUGAAACAGAAUCAAGAAAUACUAAGCAUCAUACUAGAAAACAAGCCAAUUUGGAUCCAUUUAAGGGACAAAGAUGGAAGGCUUCCUCUUCAUUACGCAGCAUCUAUAGGUUACCUUGAAGGUGUUUAUUUAUUACUUGGCACAUGCAAAUGCUGCACAAUUCAAAGGGACAAUAAUGGUUAUUUCCCAAUUCAUCUAGCAUCUUAUGGUGGCCAUGUGGAAGUAGUGAAGAAGUUGUUGGAAUAUUGUCCUGAUCCCAGAGAGAUGCUCGACACUUUUCUUCAACAAAAUAUUCUUCACAUUGCAGCAAGCAAUGGAAAACAUGACGUGAUACGCUACAUACUUGAAAAUCAAGUUGGUGAACACCGUCAGAUGAUAAAUCAAGAAGAUAGGAAUGGAAACACCCCUUUGCAUUUGGCUUCAACAUUUUGUCAUCCCGCAACUGUGUACUACAUAGUUAACCAAAAUAAGGAAAAAGUGCAUCUAGAUAUUGUUAACCAGAAUAACGAAACGGCUCUUGACACUGUUGGUCCACUCACAAAUAAUUCACGUUUCAAAAAGCGUCUUACAAGUAUUGCACUUAAAUCUGCUGGUGCAAAGCGAAGUCCAAGAAGAUCAGCAGCACUAGUCUAUAUUGAACAAGAGCAUGAAGAAUCCCAAAGGAGCAAUGCAAAUUCAACCAAAACAGAACAAAAAAUAAAAAGAAAAGAAUUGCACCAACAGAGAAAGGAAAAAGAAAAAGAAAAGGAAAAAGGUUUGGAUAGAUAUAGGGACAGAGCAGAAAAAGUCCCCAACAACAUUGUACCACAAUAUUUAUCGGCAGAAGUCCCCAACCCCACAUUUAAAGACAUGGUAGAGACACUGAUAUUGGUUUCAACCCUUAUAAUCACUGCAUCAGUAGCAGCAUGUUUUGCUGUUCCAGGUGAAGCAGAUGGAAAAGCAAACAACCUAUGUCAUGCAAUGUUUCAAGCAUUCAUUAUCUUCAUCACAAUAUCAUUAUUCAGUUCCAUUAGUUCUAUUAUCAUACUCUUUUGGGCAACACUUGGAUUAACUGAAUUGGUGAAAUUCUCUCUGAAAAUUGUUAUGCCAAUUCUUGGAAUCGCUCUCAUCUCACUGUCUUUGGCUUUCAUUGCUGGCCUCUACACUGUUAUCAGUGAACUUACUUGGUUGGCAAAUGUGUUUCUGGUUAUGACAUUGAUUUUUGUUGUGGUUGAGAUUCUUUUAUAUAUGCUCCUUUUCCUUCCAUCAUCAUCAACUAGCAUACCAUUGCGGUACAUUUCCUACUACCCCUUUCUUUUUCUAGCAUGGAUAUUGCAGAGAACAAAAAUUGAUCAUGGUGUUAAUCCUUGGUCAUAUCUUCGGUAUGACAGCUAUUUGAACCCUCAUCGACCUGGCCUGGCCGCCCAACCAAAGCAAGAUGCAGCCUUAUCAAGGAAUGUUAGUAGUUAUAAGGAACCUGGAUAUGAAAUUGAACCCUUAGAAGUAACUGAGAUCCUUCCAAACUGUUGCGAAUUUGAUAAUCAAAUUAAUUUGAUUAGUGAAGCAUACAACUUGGUUUAUGGGGUUUCAACGAAUUUGUUGGGUUCCACUAAUUUAAAUAAAAUUGAGACACCUGUGAAAAAUACCGUGCUACAUAUUGCAGCUUGGAAUGGUAAUAAUGCCAUUGUGAAUCUUGUAGUUGAACAUGCUCCAAAACUUUUGUUCACAUUUAACAAAAACAAUGAUAGUGCCUUACAUGUUGCUGCAAGAGGUGGACACAUCCAAACCGUUAAAAAGCUAUUAGCAAGUUAUGCUAAUAUUGAACGGCAUGAUAUAAAAAUGGCAUGGUUAGAAUACACUAACAAUUUGGAUGACCCAAAAGAGUAUGAUGAAAAGUCAAAUAUGGAGGACUUGUUAGAAUUUGUGAAGAUGAAGAACGUUCAAGGUAACACUAUGUUACAUGAGGCAAUGUUAUGUAACAAGAGCAAUAAUAUUAGUGGGGAUAAUAUUUUUGAAGUUUGUGAACUUUACGAAAAUGAAGAUUGUUUGGGGAACUCAUUGGCAAAGUGUUGUUAUGAAUAUGCGUUAGAAAUUGUUAAUCAUGCAAAGAAAUCGGUACUUUAUCUUGCGGUCGAGAAUGGGGAAGAGGAUGUAGUCCAGCUAAUCUUGGAGAAUUGCCUCAACAGCAAUGAAGCCAAGCCAAAGGGGUUAUCACCUGUUGUAGCAGCAAUCUUGAAGCGGAAUCAAGCAUCGUAUGGUGGCCAUGUGGAAGUAGUGAAGAAGUUGUUGGAAUAUUGUCCUGAUCCCACAGAGAUGCUUGACACUUCUCAUGAGCGUAAUAUUCUUCACAUUGCAUCAAACUAUGGAAAAUAUGAGGUGGUGCAAUACAUUCUACAAAGUCAAAGUAGUGAACGUUAUAAGAUGAUAAAUCAAAAAGAUAAUAAAGGAGAUACCCCUUUGCAUUUGGCAGCAAGAUCAUGUCAUCCUAGAACUGUGUACUACUUAGUUAACCAAAGCAAAGAAAGAGUGAAACUUAAUUUGGUUAACCAAAACAAUGAAACAGCUCUUGACAUUGUUAGUGCACUUUUCGAGCUUGAUAAAUCAUCUUUGAGACAGCUUCUCACAUGGACUGCACUUAAAUCUGCUGGUGCAAAGCGAAGUUCUAGAAAAAGAAAUGAAAAGUCAACCACAACAGAACAGAAACAAAAAAACAAUGAAAAAGGAAAAGAAAAAGAAAAAGUAUCUGAAAGAUAUAAAGACAGAAUAGAAAACCUCACAAUUGUUUCAACACUUAUAAUCACAGCAUCAGUAGCAGCAUGUUUAGCUGUUCCAGGUGAAGCAGAAGGAAAAGCACACAAUCUAUGUCAUGCAAUGUUCCAUGUUUUCAUUAUCUUCAUCACAAUAUCAUUGUUCAGUUCAAUUAGUGCUACCAUCAUACUCUUUUGGGCAACACUUGGAUUAACUGAAUUGGUAACUUUUACUCUCAAAAUUGUUGUGCCGCUUCUUGGAAUCGCUCUCAUUUCAUUAUCUUUUGCUUUCAUUGCUGGUCUCUACACUGUUAUUAGUGAACUUAAUUGGUUGGCAAAUGUGUUUCUGGUUAUGGCUCUGAUUUUUGUUGCGGUUGUGAUUUUUUUAUAUAUGCUUCUUUUCCUUCCAUCAUCAUCAACUAGCAAGCCAUUGCGGUACAUUUCUCACUACCCUUUUCUUUUCUUGGCAUCACAAACUGAAAGUAAACCUGAUCAAGAUGUUAUUCAUUAGAUCAUUGAAUAAGUUAGCCCCACUUAAUUAUCUUUAUGUAUCCCUUUUUGUGUGUAUGUAAGUGUGAGAUGUAAUUGUGUGUCUAUUUUGACCAAUAUGUAUGUUUCUCUUAUCGU